AUGGCAGCACACGCGACUGUUGACACCACCUCCCGCCUGGCCGCCUUGCGCGAGCUCAUGGCCAAGCCGGAGAACAGCGUCCAGGCACUCGUCAUUCCCACCGAGGAUCAGCACUUCAGCGAAUACAUUGCGCAGUGCGAUGAGCGUCGGGCUUUCAUCUCUGGCUUCACAGGCUCGGCCGGUUGUGCUGUCGUCACUCCGCAGGAGGCUUUUCUAUUCACCGAUGGACGGUACUUCCUGCAGGCGGAGAAGCAGCUAGACAAAAAUUGGACCCUCAUGAAGCAAGGCCUCCCAGAUGUCCCCACAUGGCAAGAAUUCUUGUCAAAGAAUCUGGGCAAAAACACACGCAUAGGUGUCGACCCUACGCUGCUCUCUGCCUCCGACGCGGAGACCAUCCAGAAAGCUCUCGUAUCAAAAGAGUCUGAACUCGUCUCCCUCUCCAAGAAUCUCGUCGACCUCGUAUGGCCCAAACGGCCCGCUCGCCCCGCCAACAAGGUAUUCCCGCUCGACGUCAAGUACGCCGGCGCAUCCCAUUCGAACAAGCUGAAGCAAGUACGCGAAGAGCUGAAGAAGAAGGAAGUUGGAUCCUUCGUGGUCAGCGUACUCGAUGAGAUCGCGUGGUUGUACAACCUUCGCGGCUCGGAUAUCGACUACAACCCCGUGUUCUUCGCAUACAGCGUCGUCGAUGCCAACAAGGCAAUCCUGUUCAUCAACGAGGGCCAAAUUACUCCAGAAGGGCGCUCAUCUUUGGGGACAGAAGUGGAAAUCCGGCCCUACGACUCCUUCUUUGUCUACCUCAAUGAAAUGGGCUCGAGCUUGAGUGCUGACGAACGGAUCGCUGUGCAGAAAGUUCUUGUCUGUGACAAGGCCAGCCUCGCGGUCGCAGAAGCCAUUGGCAAGGCUCGCGUCACCAUUGCUCGCUCGCCCGUCAACGACAUGAAGGCAAUCAAGAACUCGGUUGAGAUGGAAGGCUUUAGGCAGUCGCAUAUUCGCGAUGGUGUUGCGCUUGUGCGCUACUUUGCUUGGCUCGAAGAACAGCUGCAUGCAGGCAAGACGCUCAACGAGUGCCAAGUCGCCGACCAGCUCGAAGAGUAUCGCAAAGAGAACGAGCACUUCAUCGGCCUCUCGUUCCCCACAAUCUCGGCGACAGGGCCAAAUGGUGCGAUCAUCCACUAUGAACCAGAACCAGAAACGGCCGCAGCCGUGAAGAGAGAUCAGAUCUACCUUUGUGACUCCGGUGCUCAGUACCUUGACGGGACAACGGACGUUACGCGGACCUUCCAUUUCGGCACGCCCUCUGCGGAAGAGAAGCGGUCAUUCACCCGAGUCCUGCAAGGGCAUAUUGCGAUCGACGUCGCGGUUUUCCCGAACGGUACGACUGGGUACCUCCUUGACCCCUUGGCCCGGAGGCCGCUCUGGGAAGAUGGUCUCGGUACGCAUGGAACCGGUCACGGUGUUGGGCACUUCCUCAACGUACAUGAGGGGCCUCAUGGAAUCGGCGUGCGGAUCGCAUACAACAGCACCCCGCUGAAGCCCGGAAUGACAGUCUCGAACGAACCGGGGUACUACGCCGACGGCCGCUAUGGGAUCCGUAUCGAGGAUGUCGUCGUCGUCCGCGAAGCGGACACACCCAACAACUUCGGUGACAAGGGAUACCUCCGCUUCGAGCGUUUCACCAUGUGCCCGAUGGGCCAAAACCUAAUCGACGUGGGGCUCCUCAGCGAGAAGGAGAAGCGGUGGAUCAACGACUACCACACGGAGGUCAUGGGGAAGAUUGGCCCGCUGGUGAAGGGCGACGAGCGCGCGACGGCGUGGCUCAAGCGAGAGUGUGCGCCUCUUUAG